AACUCGCGGCUUUCUUGCGAAAUGGAGAGCAGCCACGUCAUUAUCCACGAAAAACUGGCAGGAAAUAUUGGAGGAGCUCCUUGCACGCUGCGAUUGGUGAUGCAUAUGGGACAAGACAAGGAUAGGGCUGCAAGUAAUCUCACAUUUGGAGAUAGUCACCCUCUGCUGCGUGGAUAUGUUGGAGGCGAUGUUCUUAUUCCUUCGCUGGAACCAAGUCCACUUUAUGUGGUUGACGGAUACGUAGAUAUGUGCCAUGUCGAUGAAAGAACUCCUUUCACUCAAUAUAUGCACUAUCACCUGGUUCUGUCAACAAACACAGGCACCAGGUAUACUUUGGACGGAAGGAAAGAGAUGCGACCAUUCAUGAGCGGCCUAAUGUGUUACUCUGAUGCAACCACACUACAUAUCGUUGUUCGAGCUCAGCAGGACUCACCAAAACCGGUUGCCUUGAAAGGAAAAGUGCGGGUAACUCUUCCCGAGUUACUUAAGUCCCUAAUAUUGUUACGAGGGCCAAGGAAGCGGGAGUUUGUAGGAAGACUCCUGGAAACACUUGCUAGGACGUACUUGAUGAGAACACCGAGAGCGACAAGCCGGGAAAUGGCAAAACCAGAAGACUCGACCGAAAACUAUCCAAGCUAUGUACUUCAUGAGAUUGCCACAGGUAAAAACAGACUUGACUCUUUUAUACAGGCAGUGACAGAUUGCUUGUGCAGGAGAUGGUGCCCGCAUUACCUGCAAGCAAUGGUGCUCGAAGGGUGCUGCUCAGGAUGA